AUGGCUGAUGAGAUCACACCCAUACAUGAUGAACAACAACGUCUCUCUGUCAAUGCCGAGCCUUCCAGAUCCACCUCAGACGUUGUUGACCAUCUUGUUGUCAUGGUGCAUGGAAUGAAGGGAAGUGAAAAAGAGUGGAUGUAUGUCUCCGAACAACUUGUCAAACAGUUCCCGGAGAAGGUUUUUAUUCACUGUAGCAAACAAAAUGAAGGUAAGCGGACAUACGACGGUGUGGAUGUCAUGGGCGAGCGAUUGGCAAAUGAGGUCGUUGAGGUGAUUCAAAGACAGCCAAGUAUGCGUAAAAUCUCCUUUAUCGCAUACUCAGUUGGAGGAUUGGUAGCACGGUAUGCUAUUGGGCAGCUGUAUAAAGCACCUGAAAAUGAGACAGAAAAUGAGGCGGACUCGAUAGGAACUAUAGGCGGCUUAUUGGCAAUGAAUUUCAUAACACUUGCUACACCUCAUCUAGGAUCUAGUGGCCAUUUACAGGUUCCAAUUCUUUUCGGGAGAACUAUGCUUGAGAAAAUUGCAAGUAUAGUUGCUCCAUGUAUAGUUGGAAAAACAGGUCGGCAUCUUUUCCUUACCGAUGGCACUCAACGAAAAGAUCCAUUGCUUUUACGCAUGGUUAAAGACAGUGAUGAGGGUUAUUUCAUGUCUGCAUUGCGCGCUUUCGAACGCCGCGUUGUAUAUUCCAAUAUUGUUAAUGAUUAUAUUGUUGGAUGGAGAACAUCAUCCAUUAGAGGUGAUAGGGCAUAUAUAAAGGUAUGUUAA